AUGCUAACACUGGAUAGUUUGAGAGGCGGUCUGAACGAUGAACUACUUGCGGCUUGGGAAGAAAGGGAUGAGCAUCACAAAUUUCAACUCGUUUGCAUCGUUCACGACGUUACGGACACGACAUGGCAACCAGCUAUUACCGAAUGGAGUCGGCGUCAAGCUAUCCGUUUCCUGCCCAUUUCUGAGCAUGUUGCGAAUGGAUUCAGGCAAUUGUUUGAAGUAUUGGCAGAUAGCGGCGACGAAGACAUCCGAUCUGCAGGAUACGAAUAUCUACCAAUCGACGUUCACAUUCCAGUCCUCGAUCUGGGAGAUGCACCAGACCGCCUGUUUCGAACUUUAUCGAAUGUGGUGAUUCAAGGCAGUUUUACCAGGAGUAGGCGAGACUAUGACAACAUAUUUGAAGAUCUUUUAGAAUCCUUGGCAGACGAUCCUACCGCGUGGGGAUACCUUCCAUUACGAGAUGCAGGCGCUUCAUAUGAGCCAGAUCCUAGUCUACGCUCGCCACCGUUCCGCUUAUUUCUCCUCGGUUCUGGGUGGUUAGAAAUCCCUGAUGAGCUGAAGAACAUCGUGACCAUGCAUGUGGAUCUGAAUUACACAGAUUUCUACACACUCAUGAAAGGAAUGGACGUCUGCUUGCCCGCGUUUGCUGACAAUGGAUACUAUCAGUACCAAGCAAGUUCAACAUUUGUCAUGGCUGUUGAGUGUAACGUUCCAUUACUAGCUACUGAUCGCAUGAAGAAGUCAUACGCGUACGUGAAUGAUGAUAGAGUUGUAAUAACUCGGCCUGCGGCGAUGGGGGAAAUAGCUGCUGUCAAAGCUCUUCGUCAAGGAUCAGCACAGGACUUCCUAGAACAAUCAAAUUACAAUGCUCCUAUCAGGGAUUCUGUGCAUCGUAUGAUGCGAAGAGGUUGGGUUAGAAACAGGGAAGAAGUUGGGGCAUUCAAGCAAUCUCUCUGGGAACGAAACGAGGGAGUUGUGGAACGUCUGUUAGGGGAUUUGUGA